AUGCUGCUCAAGAUCACACUGGUCCUCGCUCUUGCUGCGAAAGGUUCCUCCGAUUGCCCACGUUGGCGUAACACAAGCGUGUGUUUACUCGAACCAAAGAUGAAUGACGGAAUUCCCGCCGUUGGAUGGUUCUAUGAAGUCAGUGCCGGAAAAUGCUCCCCCACUGUGUUUAAAGGGGUUGGAAGUCCUAACGAAAAUAGAUUCUCAUGCCAAUGUCAGUGUAAUCAAGUGUGCAGACGUGACGUACCAAGUUUUUGCUUUGAAAAUCCUCCAAACAACCCCGGGAAAGGUGGACCCUCUCAAAAGUGGACUUACAGAUCUUACAACGGGCAGUGUGUCCAAAUUCCAUGGAAUGGUGCUAUUGGGUCUUGCAAGAACAUAUUUGACUCGUCUAAUGAAUGCGAACGAUGGUGUAAAAUUCCAGAUUUCGGAGUUUGCGCAAAGGGGAUUAAGAGCGGGUGUAUACCAACAGACACCAAGUGGUAUUGGUUUAAUUAUAAAACACUUACAUGUCAAGAAAUGAACAAAACCGAGUGCCCGAACGGGGAAGGAAAUGCCUUUCGAACGUUCUAUGAAUGUAACCGGCGAUGUGGAAGGUUUGUACAAGACAAGUGCAGCAUGCCAAUACAAAAUAUAAGUUCCUGCGCAUAUCUGGCAUAUCAGUAUGGGUACAAUACAAUUACAAAAAGGUGUGAACAGUUUAAGGGAUGUGACGACGGCGGAAACAGCUUUGAAACAGCAAAGGAGUGUUGGGAGACCUGCGCAAAAAACCCAAUAAGUCCUUGUGCGCAAAAGCCCGACAUUAGUAAUUUGAAAGGAGCAUUCUAUCGCUAUUAUUAUGACAUUGAUAAAAACGUAUGUGAUUAUACAAGUCAAUUUGCAAAGCGCAGUGUCUCUGGACAAACAAACAUCUUCUAUACUCUCCAAGAUUGUCAAAGACUUUGCACUGGUAAGUCUAUAAGUUUUGUUCUUGCUAUCGGCUUCAGGAGUUAG